AUUUUCUCUUUAAGAGAAAGAAAAAACAUAUAUAAAAGGCAUAAUCAAAUCAGUUAUUUUGAAAUUAUUGAUUUAUAAAAAAAAGAAUAUACACAUACACAAAGUAAAUAAAGUAUAUUAUUAUAAACGAAUCACAAAUAUAAUGUCCAACGCCAUUGUGUCAAAUGUAUAUCGUUAUGUGAUUGACGAUGUUAUCAAUCAAGUUCGUGGUGAUUUCGAAGAUAUGGGUAUUGAUGAUUCUAUUUUACAGGAAUUACAAAGGUCUUGGGAAUCAAAAGUAGCUAGAUCUCGUGUUGCUAAUUUCGGUUUUAAAGAAGAUGGAUACUAUGAAGAUGAAGGAGGAGUUGAUGUUUCUCAAAGUAAUGACCAUCAACAAGCUCCAUUACAGUAUACAGAAUAUAACCCAGCAAAUAAUGGAGGUGCUCCACCUUCAGCAGCAAGUUUACCUAAUUUGGCAGUUUCUGCUGCUGCUGCUAAUGCUGCUGCUAAUGCCGCUAAUGCUGCUAAUACUGCUAAUGCUCAAAGUAAUGAAAGGUCCUCCCAAAUAGAACAGCAACGACAACAACAGCAAUUGCCGCCACUACCACCACAACAGCAAUAUGGUUUGACACAAACAUCUAGUAAUAGAGGUAUGAUGUCUGAAAUUGUUAAUCAGUAUCCAAUGAUGCAACCCCAAAGACCACAACAGAAUCAAAAUAAUUACCCAGAUUUAUAUUUACCUGGAAUUCAAAGGCCUAAUAAUAAUAUUGAUAACAAUCAUCUUCCACAAAAUGAUGGUGCAAAUGACGUUGAAAACUUGUUACAAACAACCAAAGAAAUUGAUGAAUAUAUUGAAAAUAUUAUAAUGGAAUCCAGUCACGAAGAUAAUAAUAUAUCAUUUACAGCGUCUACCAAGUCUGGAAAAACUAUUGAUUUAGAUUCGUUACCAGAUAAUAUAAAAGUAUUGAUGAAACAAGUCAAAGAAAAUUCUAUGAAAAGAAAAGCAGCUCAACGUUAUAUAUCACAAUUGGAUGGAGACAAUGCUGAUGAAAAAGAAAAGCGAGAUGAAGCAAAUAAUAAUACAAAAGAUGAUGAAGAUAUUAAUUCUGAUUUAGAUGAUUCCGAUGAUGAGGAUGAGGAUGGAGAUGGAGGGGAAGAAAUUGAACAUAUUAUUCUUUGUUUAUAUGACAAAGUUACAAGAACAAAAAACAAAUGGAAGUGUAUAUUAAAGGACGGUAUUAUGCUAGUCAAUGGAAGAGAUUAUUUAUUCCAUCGUGCUAAUGGUGACUUCGAAUGGUAAAACGCUGGAUUAAAUAAAUAAAAAUACAUACAUAAUACUCUUUUUGUUUUACAUAAUAAUAAUAAAAAAAAAUCAGGUAUAUAUUUAUUAACUAUCAUUAGAUUGCUUAUUGAAUAAAGGGUCCAAAUCACGAAGCAAUGCAAC